AUGACCAAGCUUAUAGAAGUAACACCAGCUUCAGAUAGCGAAAAGUCAGAGGAGGAAGCUGAAGAUAGCAGCAGCUCAGAGGAUGAAGACGAAGAUGAAGUCGAAGAUGAAAAAGACGAGCAGGAGGAAGAGUCGACAGAAGCUGAAGAAGACGAUGACGAAACAUCUGAGGAGAGAGACUCAGACGAAGAGGAUGAAGACAAUCAGAUCGGAGAGGAGGACUCUGAGGAUUCCGACCCUGAGAGCUCAUCAGAGACAUCAUCAGCAUCCGACACUGAUGAUGAAAAAGACGAGAAGAAGAAGGACGAUGAGAAGAACCAGAAAAAGAAAGAAGCCCAGAAGAAGGAUGCACAGGUGAUGGAAGAUCCGAAGAAGAAGGAUGAUGCAAGGAAGAAGAAUAAUGAUGAGCAGAAGAAGCAGGAUAAUCAGAAGAAUAAUGAUGAGCAGAAGAAAGAUCAGAAGAAGAAGAAUGAUGAGCAGAAGAAAGAGGAACAGAAGAAGGAGGAAGAGAGAAAGAAAGGUGGAAGCAAGAAGGUGAGCGCCAAAAAGAAGAAGGAGGAACAGAAGGAUGAAAAGAAGUCCAAGCACAAAAAGGGCAAGAAGACGAAGAAGGUAUCAAAGCAUGAGGCAGGUGCCAACGAUGGCAAGAGUGAGAAGAAAGAAGAAACAAAGAAGGCCAAGAAAGACAAGGAGAACAAAGAGAAGGAGAAGGAGAAGAAAGAUGACAAGAAACGACCUUCGACGGGGGCAACCGGACCAGCUGCGCAUGUGAAGAAGACCAAGGAAGCAAAGGAUGGCAGCUCAGCACCAGCAGCACCAGCAGCACCUUCAAGCAAGUUGGAAGCAGCUGAAGCAAAGCUGGGCAACACUGAGGGCAAGGAGUCCGACAAGGAUUUGAUCAACUCAAACACUCACCACAAGGAGUACCUUCGUUACAAGCGAUGGAUCAAAAACGGAAAGCGGUUCCCAGUGGUGCUUGGGAGCCGACUAGCUACGGAGGAAGGGAGGAACAACCUGUUUGUGGACUAUGUGAAGUGUGGUGGGAACAUUGAUGAAAUCAUUGCCCGCCAUGAGCAGUCCCUGACAGAGUCCCAGAAGAGCCAAGUGAAGUAUGGAUUUCGAUCCGAAAAAUGGUUGCAGGACCAAUAUGGGGAUGACAAAGCAAAGAGAAUCAUGGCUAAAAAAGUUAGCCUUGGCUUGACCAUUGCCGACCCAGAGGAACCUGAGGAUUGCUUGUACUUCUGUUUGAUUGACAUCGACGUGAAGAACAUCAACGAGUUCAAAAAGGUUACGUCUUUGGAAGCCAAGGGAAUGAUUAGCCCUGAGAUGCUGACAGCUUUCACUGAGGCUGGUGGGGUGAUGGAUCCUACCAAGGUGAAGGGAGACAUGUCUAGCCAGGCAGGGAUGACAAAGGCCUUGCAGUUCAUGAAUAUGCCCAGCUCCGAUGGCAAGAGCAACAACAAGUCCAAGUCCAAGAAGGCGAGAGGAGCAAAGGAAACAACCGGAGACAAAGACCAGGUGAAAGCCGAGACUCCCCAGGACAAAGCAAAGAGCCUGAUAACGAAGGUAUUGAAAGAUGCCAACGCGUGCAGGGACAUGGCAUUUCGCCUCAAGCCCUUGGAGAUGAGUGACCAGCUGAUCCAACAACUCAAAGCGAUUCAGAACCAGUUUGAGAAGCAAGCCCGGGUGUUGCAGGAGCUUGUGAACCAGGGAAAGCAAAAGAUGAAGCACUAUGCAGCAGCCAUGGAGGAGGCCCCAAGAAAUAUGGAGAAUGCUUUUGAACAGUUCAGUCCUGUAAUCAAACUUCUGGGAUAG